AUAUAUAUAUAUAUAAAGUUGUCUAUUUUUGUAUUCUUAGCUGUAGAUCCAUCAUCAAUCGAUACAUAUUUCUUGUUCAUGUAAUAAAAAAAACUAUAAAGUUUUAAUCUUUUUGACAUUUUAUAACAUGGGUUCCUGUUAUUCCACCGCCAGCAGCCGGAAAGGCAGAAAAGACGGCGGUAGUGGCGGCAGCGGUGGCCGGAGUAAACGUUAUGCGUCGGAGGAAAGGUUGCUCCACCAGAUUCCUGGUAGACUAUUUGGUAAUGGGUCAAGUAGUAUUGCAAGUUUGUAUACACAACAAGGAAAAAAAGGAACUAAUCAAGAUGCUAUGAUUGUUUGGGAGAAAUUCAAUGCAAAGAAUGAGGCAGUAUUUUGUGGGGUAUUUGACGGGCAUGGUCCUUAUGGACAUAUGGUUGCAAGGAAAGUAAGGGAUUCUCUUCCUGUUCUAUUAUCUACCCAUUGGACGGGUAAUUCUGAUUCUGAGAAUGGCAAUGCUAAUGGAAGUGCACAUGAGGAUGAAGAAGAUAAGUGGUGUGAAUCAUUGGAUGUUGGUGAGAAAGAACGAGUUCCGGAGAAGUAUUUUUCACUCAAAAAGUCGAUACUAAGAGCUUUCAGGUUAAUGGAUAUGGAAUUAAAGAUGCAUCCAUCUAUUGACUGUUUCUGCAGUGGAUCAACUGCAGUUGCUUUGAUCAAGCAGGCUCAAGAUCUUAUUAUCGGAAAUCUUGGAGACUCGAGAGCAGUGCUGGCAACAAGAGAUGACAAUAAUAAUUUAGUCGCUGUCCAACUGACCGUUGAUUUAAAACCCAAUCUUCCAAGAGAAGCAGCUAGGAUUCAGCAGUUCAAAGGACGGGUUUUUGCAUUGCAAGACGAGCCAGAGGUGGCACGUGUGUGGUUACCAAAUAGCGAUUCACCUGGCCUGGCUAUGGCUAGAGCUUUUGGUGACUUCUGUUUAAAGGACUUUGGUUUAAUCUCUGUCCCGGAUGUUUAUUACCAUCAUAUCAAUGAUAAAGACAAGUUUGUCGUUCUUGCAACUGACGGGGUAUGGGAUGUCCUUUCAAAUAAAGAAGCUGUGGAUGUUGUAGCUGCAGCUCCUAGUCGAUCAACCGCAUCCCGGGCUCUUGUUGAUUGUGCUACACGGGCUUGGCGUCUCAAAUACCCAACAUCCAAAAACGACGACUGCGCUGCAGUAUGCUUAUUUCUUGAUCAAACACCCGUAUCCACUUCACCUAAAAUAGAAUCAAAAGAACCUGAUACUAGUAUUGCUCCAUCAGAUGAAACAAUAUCUAUGCCUACCUUUGAGCAUUCAGGCACCGUUCGAGAUUCAAGCGAGAUUGUACCAUGUGAUGAACCGGCCGUAGGUAAAGUACCUGACAAGGGUGUCGGGGCAUCUACAAGGAGUCUGGCUGAGUGCAUAUCGACGGCUGAAGAAGAAGAAUGGUCAGCACUUGAAGGUGUGACUCGGGUCAAUAGUUUGUUAAGCAUUCCAAGGUUUCUGUCCGGUGACAAAAAAUCAAACAGUUCAAGAAAAUCUAAGAUCUGAUUUUUAAUGAAAACCGAAUCUUUUUCAAUGUGAUAUAUUCGAUGUGAAGUAUCAGGAACUUUGGGCACAGCUUUGAUAAUUUUUGGUCAUACAGUUGGUAGGGAUGAGAAUUGCUUUUGCAGUAGUGCAGUAUCAUGAUUCAUGCGACACAAACAUUUUUUUCUGUUUGGUUUUGUUUUUUUGUGUCUGCAUUUGCAAUUCUGAUUUUGUGUAUAAAUGCUUUCAAUAUAUUGUUAUAUUGUUAGAGAUAAUUAAUUUUUUGGACUAUUUAGAAAAACAUGGUUGGUUUUAA